GCGCAGCUUUCAAACGCCAUGACGUCAUCCGAAUGAGCGGGACGCCUCCGCUGGUGUGUGAAUGUGUGCAUGUUGUUUUUCAUUCCCACCCAUUAAACCGGAUUAAAAGUGUUCUGCAGGUGUAGGGAUGGCGUCGGACGUGGUGGCCCAGCUGGCCGACUCUCUGGCCCGGACGCAGGUGGGAGAGGGAGAGCUGAGCUAUAAGGGACAGGGCCUGAAGCUGGACAACGCUGAAUCUGUGGAGGAGAUAGUGAAGGCGAUUCGGGAGUUUGAGGGUUUACGCGCUCUGCGUUUGGAGGGAAACACAUUCGGAGUGGAGGCAGCACAAGCCAUCGCUAAGGCACUGGAGGACAAGCGAGAUUUUCAGUGCUGUUACUGGAGUGAUAUGUUCACGGGCCGCCUGCGUUCAGAGAUCCCUCCUGCUCUGACAUCUCUGGGUGCAGCUCUAAUAUCCGCCGGCGCUCAGUUAAAGGUGCUGGAUCUGAGCGAUAACGCGUUCGGACCCGAUGGCGUGAAAGGCAUCGAGACGCUGCUGAAGAGCUCAGCGUGUCACACACUGCAAGAGCUGCGCCUUAACAACUGCGGGAUGGGCAUCGGGGGAGGAAAGAUCCUGGCAGCGGCCCUGACACACUGCCAUAAAGAGUCGAGUAAGCUCGGCGCCCCUCUGAGGCUGAAGAUCUUCAUCGCAGGACGGAACAGACUGGAGAACGACGGAGCCACGGCGCUGGCUCAGGCCUUUCAGUUGAUCGGCAGUCUGGAGGAAGUCCACAUGCCUCAGAACGGCAUCAACCACCCCGGAGUGACGGCUCUGGCCAACGCCGUGCAGCACAACCCCCAGCUCCGAGUGCUCAACCUCAACGACAACACUUUCACCAAGAAAGGAGCCAUCGCCAUGGCGCAGGCUCUGAAGCACCUCCGCAGUGUGCAGGUGAUAAACUUCGGUGACUGUUUGGUUCGCUCUGAGGGAGCCUUCGCCAUUGCCGAGACUCUGAAAGAUGGCCUUCCCAUUCUCAAGGAGCUGAACCUGUCGUUUGGGGAGAUCACAGGAGAGGCUGCUCUGGCUGUUGCAAAAGCAGUAAAGCACAAAGACCAGCUAGAGAAACUCGACCUCAAUGGUAACUGUAUUGGUGAGGAAGGGUGUGAGAACCUCCGGGAGCUCAUGCAGAGCAUGAACAUGGACAACCUCCUGGCCUCUCUGAGUGAUGACGAAGGAGAGCCAGAUGAUGACGAUGAUGAUGAUGGCGAAGAUGAUGAAGAGGAGGAGGAGGAGGAGGAUGAUGAUGAUGAUGAGGAGGAGGAGGAAGAGAAGGGGGAGGAUGAGGAAGAAGAUGAUGAAGAUGAUGAUGAAGAGGAGGAAAAUGAGGAAGAGGGGGAAGAUGAGCCCAGUGCAACCGAACAGAUAUCGACUCCACCUUCAGCCCCUCGCCCUCCAGACGUCUCGUCCUUCCUCUGUUUCCCGUCUCCAGAGAAACUGCUGCGCCUCGGAGACCAGAGAGUCCAACUGAUCCAGAAACAGGUGGAUGUGACAGACGUGAGUAAGACUGUAGAGGCUUUUCUGAAGAUCUCGUCUGUGUAUAAGGAAGAGGAUCUUGAGGUGAAAGCAGCGGUGUUGGACAGUGUUGAUGCUGUUUUGAGUAAAGCCUUUUCCACGCCAUCAGUCCAGACAUUUAGUUUCAUCUCUGCGUUACUGGUGAUGCUUGGUCUUUUAAAGAGUGAGGAUAAAUUAAAACCCGUGGCAGUCGUACCAGGUCACCUGCAGUGUUUGGAGCAUGCAGUGAAGCAGAAGUAUUUUCCCAGAGAGCACAUCGCUGUGCUGCAAGCUUUUUUGGCCAGACAAAACAAGUCCUUGGACUCAUGCAUCAGUGCUCGAGACAGCCUUCGUGCCACACUGCAGAGACUACUGCCCGAGAGCUAAAGACACACACACACACACACACACACACACACACACACUGUGGAUGUUUCUCUGCUCCUGGCUGCUCAUCUUUGUGUGUUGGAGGGUUAAAAGGACAUUGUUUGGCAGCACCCCCUGCAGGACGAUACAGGACUCAUGGACUAAAGACAGACAGAUGGAAACACACACACACACACACACACACACACACACACACACACACACACACUCUUCAGUCCAUCUCACACUCUGCUCAGCAUGAUCAAUAAAACCGGUCUAUAUAAAAGUACAUCAAAAAAUAAAAACUGCUCUUGUGAGGAAUCUUUUCACUGAUUCAUCGCUAAGCUUGUGACGAUAAAAAUCUUGCAAAGAACAGAAAGAACAAGAACAGAAACCUUUGUGAUUGUGUUAAAUCACAUCUCUAGUACAUGAUACACUUUUCACAGAAUUCUGGAUUCUGAUUGGUCAGAAGGUGUUGAUUCAUUGUGAAAGUAGUGCAGCUCCAAAUCACAGGUUUAUAUUAAUGCACUCCUUCUAAUACAUUAUCGUUUCUAUAGUAACAGCUCAUUCUCAGGGACUUGUACAGCGGACUUUCCAUAUAACUUAACGCUAAUUAUAUAGAAUUUUUAAAAAAAUUGUUAUUUAACAAAAAAAAUAUACUUGUUAUCAUGGUGAAGUUUUCUGUGAGAUGUUUGUUUAACAUUUAUGGAAGGAGUCUCCAGUGUCAGUGCUUUGUCAGAGUAAGUUUUUUGACCUUGGAAAGCUUCUCGGUAACACAAGCUGCAUUUUUUUUUUUUUUUUUUUGGCUUAUUAACUUAAAGAAAGAUAAAGAGGCCGGUGAAGGAACGACUGUUUAUAGCUGCUAUAACGUAAGUGAGAUCAGGAACUAACUUGUUUAAUGGGCGUUCCACAACGUUAAAUGUAGCUACUAUACAAACUGUUACAGUAAAAUAAUCAACUUCAGGGUGUUAAUCGUGACUCUGCUUCAUUGCACCAACAUACCAUUGAUUAUUUUCCUAUAACAGCAUGACACGUGCAUUU